AGUUGGGCUCGUACCAGGCAAAGGUCUCACCCUAACCACAGUUUCAUUUCACUCAAGAGACGACUCCAUCAGAACAGCAUCGAGGACGAAAAUGGGGAAGUUGGACGGCAGGGGAAUGGAGAGUUCAUUACUUCUGCUCUUAACUCUCUUUGCCACCUGCUACAGUCAGAAUGUUCCGGUCAUUAAUAUGUCUGUAGUGACAGUGAGGGAAGAUCUACUUUCAGGCGAAUUCGCAUUUAAAAUCCAGGCAUAUGAUCUAGACAAUGACCCUCUGACCUAUGCGAUCACCCUCGACAAAAAUAACCACUUCAGUGUGUCUGCAAAAACUGGUGAUGUCUACAUCAAUAAUCCACUCGACCGAGAGACUAACGAGUUCUUUCCAAUAACAGUUUCUGUUAGCGAUGGAACUCUCACUGCGACAAAAGUAAUUAACGUUGUGGUGCAAGAUGCAAAUGACAACGCACCAGUGUUCCAAAAUGCACCAUACAACAUAAAAGUGCCAGAGAACACCCCUGUGGGCACUACAGUGUUGAAAGUGACAGCGACGGAUCCUGAUGACGGAUUAGCUGGGAUAGUCUCAUACAAAAUCGAUCAGGCCAUCCCUGUUGAAGGACUCAACGUGUUCUCUAUCUCUCAAAAAGAUGGAGAUGUUGUGUUGAACGAGGCACUUAGUUUCACAGAGAAGAGCACAUUUUAUCAGCUACAAAUCAAUGCGUCUGACGGCGGUGGACCACUUCACAGUGAAACCAACGUCAUUCAGUCCUCCAGCGCCACUGCCUUCAUCACAAUAGUUGAUAUACCAGACCUCGAUCCUCAGUUCUUAAAUCUCCCAAACACAGCUCGUGUGAUGGAGCAUUCACCGGUUGGGACAUCCGUGUUUAAGGUUCUGGCCAGAGAUCCAGACACAGGGAUCAAUGACAUCAUCAAUUACUCCAUCCAGGAUGCCAGCGUGUCCGGUCUGUUCCAAAUAGAUUCGGGUACUGGCGUUGUUACUGUCAUGGCUGACAUUGACCGAGAGGCCUUACUGGACUCUGAUGCUAUUGUGAAGCUCACUGUGAAGGCCACUGAAGCUAGCUUGAAUGUGAAUGGCAUCCACGCGAACACCACAUCUACGCUCGAUAUCCAGAUUGACGAUGUGAAUGACCAAAAGCCGCUCUUUUACAAGUGCAACGGGGUGGAUUGCACACAGACGAACGAGUUCACCGGCGAAGUGGACGAGCAUGCGUCCGUCGGUCUGUCCAUCACAGGAUUAAACAUGACGGUCAGAGAUAUAGACUCGAACGAAAACAGCCGUUUCAGGCUCCACCUCGAGGGAACAGAUAAGGACGCGUUUUCUGUCUCACCCACAGAUGACAUGUCGGACCGAGCUGUUCUGAUCCUGAUCAAAAACCCAGCCGAUGUCGACUACGAGAAAAAACAAACCAUGAUCGUGCAGGUGGUGGCCACAGAUGCCGGAAAACCUGAAUUUGUGUCUACAGCUACGGUCACCAUUAAAGUCAACGACAAAAAUGAUAACAGCCCUACAUUUGAAAAAGAUGACUAUAAAUUAACUGUUCCAGAGCACUGUGAAAAUGGCACCAUCUUGGACACCAUUACGGCGACAGACGCGGACGCGCUGGACGAUGGCCUCCUCACCUACAAACUGUUCCCGGAGAGCAUACCAUUUGAUGUCUUCCCAAAAAAUGGGACAGUUUAUGUGAAAAAUGGAGAAAAGCUGGACCGCGAGAGCAAGAACACAUACUCUGCGACGCUGCAGGCCCGAGACUCAGCGGGGAACGUGGGCACCACCGUGCUGGAUAUCACCAUCGAGGACAUUAAUGACCAGACACCACAGUUUAUCCGAAAUCCAUAUGAAGGCUUCUUUCCCGAGAACAAAGUGCUGGUGUUUCAAGUCAAGGCUCAAGAUGACGAUGAGCCAGGCUCUCCCAACAGCAUCAUCAAGUACAGCAUUGAGCCUAGUGAAUACAGUAGCAACUUCACUAUCGAUGAGAACACUGGGGAAAUAAGGAGCAAAGGCCCUCUGGACCGCGAAGACAUCGAUAUCAAUCUGAAAGGAGUGAUCACGCUGAACGUGACAGCUACAGACAUGGGCACGCCACCUCUGUCCAGUACGGUCAAAUUCAUCAUCAACGUCGAUGAUGAAAAUGACAACUCGCCUAUGUUCCUGCAAACAGAAUACACCUUUCAUGUGAAGGAAAGCGAAAGAGGCGCCUUUGUGGGUUAUGUGUACGCGACCGAUGGUGAUCAAACCGAGUUCAACAACCGCAUCUCAUUUAGCAUUAAAAGUGGCAGCGGGGGCACCUUCCUGUGCCUGUCAGAGCUUGAUGGUACAGGCUACCGAGGUAAGAUCUUGGUGGAUCCAGAUGUGGAGCUGGACUAUGAGAGUGAAAACAAGAAGUAUACGCUGACGGUUGAGGCCACAGACCUGAGCGGGAAUGCUGCUACGUGCACGGUAUAUAUAGAAGUGGAUGAUGUAAAUGACACGCCACCUAUUUUACCUACCAUGACAACGUUCAAGGUGGAGGAGAACACACCAGGGGGGACGGUAGUAGGGAAAAUUGUUGGGAGCGACGCGGACGGGAACCACUCACUGGUCUACGAGCUUGUUUCUACCUCAUGCCACAACACCACAUGGACUCCAUGUGAGGAGCAAUGGUUCAUUCUUGAAAGCAGCGGGAUUGUGAUGACUGCAGAGGGUAUAACAAUCGAUUAUGAGGUGUACACUCAGGUGAAAAUGACGGUUCGAGUGGUGGACCUUUACACGGAGAAGGGCAGGAACAGCACAGAAGAUUUCGUCACGAUUGAUAUUAUUGACAUGGAUGACAAUGAACCUGUGUUCAUCCCAGUCCAGGAAUUUUUUGUCCUGAUUUCUGAGAGCAUUGAAGAAGGCAAGAGUGUGGCCCAGGUUUCUGCCAAGGACAAGGAUUCGGGAGACAAUAAGAAGAUAACGUUUAAGGUCACAUUAGUGCAGUUUGUCAGCAACAACCAGAAUGACGUGCCAACGGAGCUAGACCUAAUUUUCUACGCUGAAACUGAGCAGCCGGAUGAAAAUGAAAACUAUAAAGGAGUUAUCAGGUCCAAAAAUACACUGGAAGCUGAUAAACAGGGGAAGUACUUGGUGACUGUGGAGGCAAAGAGCCUCAAUCUCAGUUCGACUGAGGUACUGGAGCUCAUCACGGUGGACAAGUCUUACAAGGUCGGCCUCCGAUUUGAUUCAACAGUAGAAGAAGUCAACGUAAACCUGCCGAACAUCAGACAGGCCCUGACAGGAGCCACAAAAGCAAUGGUGCAUAUUGUUAAAGUGUCAGCCUCAUCAAGUGACACCACACAGAGGAAAGUGAUGACUAUUCUAGAGGCUUACUUCGUGUUUCUGAACGGGACAGCCCUCGACUCGGAUGAUGUGGGGAGGAUCCUGAACUCACAGUCCGUGUAUGAAGAGUACGGCGUCAUCUUGCAGCAGUACGGUCUCACCGGCAUUACGGGAAACAUAGAGACGACAAAUGAAAACAACACAGUGUUGUUCAUUAUGGUGGGACUCGUGGCAGGGCUCGUGAUCGUCCUGAUCGUCACCACAACGUCACUGGUGUGCAUUAGGAAAAAGUACAAGACAAAGCUGAAGGCGGCCAAGGCCAUGAACACGGCAGCCAUGGCGGCUACUGAGUACCAGAAGGAUGGGCCUGUUGUUCCUGGAACCAACAAGUACACCAGAGAGGGAGCGAACCCGGUCCUCAACCUGAACAUUGAUGCUUCCACAGACCUGGGCUUUGAUGAGGAGGCAUCUAGUGCAGACAGAGAGAGCCUCAAUUCUCUGGACAUGGAUGUGAAUUUGACUGAUAAAGACACAGUGCCAAUGAUGAUCAUUGAGGAAGAAGAGGAAAAUGGCGACUCUUUGUACAUUGAACCCCUGGGUGCAGCGUUGGCUCAGAGAGGGAAGAAGAAAGGCUCAGAGGGUGCCAGCUUCACCUUCACCAACCCAUCACUCAGCACCACAGACCUGUAACACACCAUCACUCAGCUCUGAGCUGAAACUGGAAACACCACCACUCCACCUUCAGCCAUAAAACUAUACAGCUAGUUCUAUAAAUGGAACAGUGCAGAGUCAGCUCCUGUGGGUUAACAUGCCUUUUUUUUUUUUUUUUAAAACCUCAGGAGACUGGAUUUAGGAUUAGAGACAAAAGCUUUCUCUCUUGCUUUCUCAAAGCAGUUUUCAGCAAAUGUCCUAACACUAAAAAGCAUCAAUUAAUGUUAAUGUCACACAGUUUGUUUUUCAUGUAACAGCCUGAUUGGAUACACACUCUCAUUACGACAGAAACAUUAUCUUAACAUUUGACUCGUUUGAAACUGGAUUGUAGAAAUCUGUGAUGUUUUAAAAAUUGUGCUGCUCUGUUUUAUGUGCAAAAGAGAAUAGAAAGAAAUGAUCACCCCCCCCCCCCCCCCCCCCCUUUAUAUCUGCACUUUAAAUCACUUUAUUAUAUUUUACAAUUAUAAUUUUACUUGCCUAUAUCUUUUUUAUGUAUAUUUUGAUUUGAUGUAUUAUUUUUUUCCUAUUACAUUUUCUGAUGUAACCUGCAAACUUAUCGUAAUCCUCAUUGGAAAUAAAUAUUUAUACCACG